AGACAAAUGGCCUCUUUUUACCAACCCCAGAAAAAGAGAAUUCGAGAACCUGAGGCAGAAGAAGAUCAAGACAGCAGUGGACAUUUCAGCCACAUACCUCCCCUGGAAAACCCAGAACAGUUUGACAUAAUUACUGACACCGGUUUGCCGGUUCCAGGACAGCCUUGCCCUUCCUUCCCAAACUCUGAUGCUUACAAAGCUACCUUUGACCUAGCCACUUUUCAAGGAGACAAAAUGCCACCCUUUCAGAAAUAUCCAAACCCAAGAAUCUAUUUGUCUAGGCCACCUUGCAGCUAUGAAUUGGCAGGCCCUGGUUAUACAAAUUCGAGCCCAUAUUCCACCCUUUAUAAAGAUGCCACCAGUAUCCCUAAUGACACAGACUGGGUUCAUCUGAAUGCAUUACAAUAUAAUGUCAAUUCAUACAGCACCUAUGAGAAAAGCUUUGAUUUCACCAAUAAACAAAAUGGCUGGAAACCAGCUCUUGGAAUACCUGGCCUUGGGGAGAGGACUGACCAUGGACAGUUCCAGGCUGUGGCCAAUCUCCCUUAUUACAAUCCAGAGCUUCCCUGCAGGUACCUCAGACUCAGCAUAGGGAGCAUCGCAGGCCACCCCGCGAGGCGCGGGGUCCGGGCUCCAGGCUCCGGGUCUUGGCGGCGGCCGCGGGGGAGGCGGGCACGUGGUAGGGAGGGCGCUCCACCUGGCCACGCUGCCGACCUCUCGGGCUGGCCCGGCCGGACAGGCGGGCGCAACGGCCGCUCUGCGCUGUCCCGGAGCUGGGCGCGUGAGGCGGCACGGCCGCUCGUCGGGGCGGUGGGCUCCAGAAGUGGGUGGGUCCGCCCGGGCGCUCCCCGCCCAGUUUCGGACCCCCGAUGCCUGCCUCAGAGGGCACCGCCGCCCGCCGCCGCGUUCCUCGACGCCCGGGUCCCGCUAGGCCAGCGUUGGGUCCGCGACCGCCCACGACUAGGCGGGCCAGUGGGCGGUGCCCCGGCGCGGCCCGACCCCCCGAGCGGGACUUGGAGAAGUCGGAGCCCCGCCCCCGGCCCCGCCCCUCGUCUCCUUCCUGCGGGCCGUCGGCGCAGUGAGCGGGGCGCUAGGGCGAGUUGUGCAGCUGAUCCUGCGCAAAACCACGCCGCCGCCGGCGGCCCGCACUGGCUGCGGAGUGCGAGAGGCUCGUCCGGGCACCGCGCCUGGCGCCGGCAGCGGGAGCAGGUAGCGCAGGCCACGCAGGACCCAACUGAAAGAAAGUGUCGGCCGUCCGCAACUCCGCUGCGCACCACGGCUUCCGAGGAGCUGUACGAG